AUGAGCGAGUCAUUAAGUAAACUUGCGGAAAAUUUAUCUGAAGAUAAGUCGAGAUUUAGAGAAACUCUUAAAAUAUUUUCUGCGGAAGCACUAGAUUUAGUUACACGAAAAGGAGUCUUCCCUUAUGAAUAUGUCGAUAAUUGGAGUAAAUUAGAUGAUACAUUUCUGCCAUCAAAGCUAGAAUUUUAUAACUCUUUAACAGACGAGAAAAUUAGUGAUGAAGAUUAUAUACAUGCUAAAAAUGUAUGGCAUACAUUUGAUAUAAAGACUUUAGGUGAAUAUAGCGAUCUUUAUUUAAAAACUGAUGUUAGCAUACUAGCCGAUGUGUUCGAAAAUUUUAGAGACUUAUGUUCAUCUACGCUCGAACUAGAUCCUGCUCAUUAUAUGACUGCUCCCGGGUUUGCUUUUGACUGUAUGCUGAAGUAUACCAAGGUCAAAUUAUCAAGGUUAAAGGAGUAUAACAUGUUGCAUUUCUUCGAAAAAUCAAUUAGAGGCGGGAUAUGCCAAUCAACCAAAAGAUAUGUUAAGGCAAACAUACCAAAUAUCGAAGGAUUGGACUAUAAUGCAAAUGAACCGAUCACAUGGAUUACAUAUCUCGAUUGUGUGAAUUUGUAUGGGAAGUCUAUGUUAACAGAAUUACCUUUUAAAGAUUUUGAAUGGGUUGACGAUCUCAACAUAGUUGUAACUAAAAUUGCUGAUGAUUCAGAAGUCGGAUAUAUAUUAGAAGUUGAUAUUGAGUAUCCUAAACAUCUACAUAAAUAUCAUAAUGAUUUCCCAUUUUUACCGUUUAACGAAUGUCCACCAAAUUCGAAAGUUGAGAAAUUGUUAACUACUUUAUCACCGAAAAAAAACUAUAUUGUACAUUACAAAAAUUUAAAACAAGCAAUUUCUCACGGUCUUAAAGUAGUAAAAAUUCAUCGAGCUAUCCGUUUUUCUCAAAGUAAAUGGAUGGCAUCAUACAUAAAAUUAUGUACAUCUAUGAGAGUACAAGCUAAAAACGAGUUUGAGAAGGAUUUCUGGAAGUUGCUAAUGAAUAGCGUUUUUGGUAAAUGUAUGGAGAAUGUUCGAGCAAGAACUUCUAUAAAACUGGUUUCUUCAGAACAAAAAGCAAGGAAAUUAAUGGCGAAAACUAGUUUUAAAGACAGAACUAUAUAUUCUAAGAAUCUCAUGGCCAUUCAUCAGCAUAAGGAAACAAUUAAAUUCGACAAGGCAAUUUAUGUAGGAUUUGCAAUUUUAGACGUUUCGAAAACAUUUAUGUAUGACUUCCAUUAUAAUGUAAUGAAGAAAAGGUAUGGUACUAAAAUUAGUUCUUUAUAUUCGGAUACUGAUUCCCUGAUAUAUGCUAUCCAAACAACAAAUUUUUUUGACGAUUUAAAAAAAUAG